CUCCUUCUUGUGCAGUCCGCGUCUGCUUUGCUCUGGUGCCUGGCGCUCCACGUUGCUGUAAACCCCGGGAAACGGAGACUGAGCCCAGGCAGGACGGCGGACUGCGGAGAUGCGGGGUUUGGCCCCCGCGUCCUCCGCCUCCCACCAGCAGCAGCAGCACCGACGACGACACGCAUGUAAAUGAUAUCUCCGUGCGAGUGCGUGUGCGAGCGCAGAGUGACGCGUGCGCGUGUGCGUGUGGCGCACAGAUGGAGCUGUGCGCUCCGAGUGUGACAGGGAGCGCCGCAGACCGAGUGGCCGCGCUCCUCCCGGACACCUGCUGCUGCGGCGGCGGCGGCGCCUCGCUGCUGUGAACGAUGAAGAAAGUCCGAACCUCCGCAAACAUGUGACAUUUUGUGUCUCCUCGAGGGAAUUACGUACAGAGGGGUCAAACGCCAACGAGAGACGGUGUUACAGGAGUGUGACCCCCCACUCACCCCGCCCCCCUUCCCCUCCUCUUCCUCUGCUUCAGAGUGAAUUCAGGAUGGGUCCUGUUUGGCUGCUUCUUCUGCUCCCAUCCCUCCUCAGAGCACAGGUGACUCCAGACUUCACCGCAGGAGCCACGGUGGAGGCAAACAACAGCACUGACUCUUCAACAAACAGCACGGGAGCCGCAGACGUCCCCACCACGUCCUCCAAUCCCCUCAGCCGUGCAGAGCCUUCUGGGCUUCCAGCGAUGCCCUCAGAAGCUCCCACAGAGGAGGAAGAUGACUGGUCACCAGCAGAAACCUUCAUGUACACUGGAGAACCCUCCACGCUGAAAGAGGCCCGCUGCUCACGGGCGUACAGCCCACCGGCGCAGACCGGAUCCCUGCCCAUCAGCUUCAGCGCCUCCCUCCGACCAGCUCUGGAUGCACUGGCCAACACGGCCAACUUCCUCAACAUGAUCUUCCAGGCCAGUGACCUGCGGGAGAGCACCGUUCAGGAGGAUAUGGAGUGGUACCACGCCCUGGUCCGCGCCCUCCUGGAGGCCGACAUGCUCAUCCAGCGGGCCCUGCUCACCUUCGACGCUGACCCAACUGCCCCAGCGCCACAGCUGGUGCUCAGCGCUUCCCGCAACCAGACAGCUAAGGUGCAGACCAUCAUCCUCCAGGACUUAUCCAAAGCCUGGGGGACCAUGCACCCGCCUGCCCCAGCCCCAGACGACAGCUGGUUCAGAAGCUUUAAGUUCCCAGAGUCCACCAAGCCAAUGGCAGCCCUGUCCAAGCGGGUGCUCCUCAACGACCUCAGCACCUUGGACACGCCCAAGUGGGGGCAGGGCGACAGCUACGUGACCAAUCGCAGCGGGGUGCGUUGGGCCAGCGCUCCCUUCCUCGACUGUAAGGACGGUCUCUUCGUGCCCGGCUGGAUGCUCAUCCUGUCUGCAUCCUUCUACGGCCUCAAGCCUGACCUGACGCCAGAGUUCAGAGGUGUGAUCCGUGUGGAUGUCAACAUUCAAGACAUCGACUUGGACCAGUGUGCAACAGGAGACAGCUGGUUUGCUGAUACUCACCAGUGCAACCGCACCACCAUGGAGUGUGUACCGAUUCCAGGCCGAGGUUUUCGACUGGGUCAGUACUGCUGCCGCUGCAAAGAAGGUUACUACAACCCUGAAAUCGCCCCUCAAGACCCAGUUGGUGCAGAUGGUGGCCCUGUGAACGGGAGUGACGGCGGUGGUACGUGUUACCCGAACAUGCCCACGUGUCUGCCGUGCUGGCCGGGCUGUACGAGUUGCCAGGACGGCACCCCCUGCUGGGUGCAGGAGGCCUGGCUUCUCAGGGCUGGCGUGCUGGCCGUCCAGGGUGUCUUCAUGCUCCUCAUCUUUGUCAGCAUGCUGGUGGCCUACAGACAUCGUCGAAACCGGAGGAUCCGGGCGUCAGGCCUCCUGCUGCUGGAGACGAUCUUGUUCGGCUCUCUGCUCCUCUACUUCCCGGUCUUCAUCAUGUACUUCAAGCCGAGUACUUUCAGGUGUAUUCUGCUCCGCUGGGUCCGAAUGCUCGGCUUCUCCAUCGUCUAUGGCACAGUCACACUGAAAAUGUACAGGGUGCUGAAGGUCUUCCUCUCACGCACGGCCCAAAGAGUGCCCUACAUGUCCAGCCUCCACCUGCUGAGGAUUCUGGGAGUGAUGCUGAUGACCGUCAGCUGGUUCCUGUGUGCGUGGACGGUGGGUGUCCUCCAGAACCGCGACAGGAACAUCCCGGUGUUCAUCACAACCACCACGUCAGAGGGCCAGGGGUUCAACCUGUGUUACCUGGACCGCUGGGACUACAUGAUGGCUGUGGCUGAGCUGCUCUUCCUGUGCUGGGGCAGCUCCCUGUGGACCGCCGUCAGGCCGGUCCCCUCGGCCUUCCACGAGCCUCGCUACAUGGGCAUCGCCAUCCACAACGAGCUGCUUCUCUCCACCAUGUUUCACCUGUUUCGGUUCACCUUUCCUUCUCUCCAUCCUGACUGGAUGUUGCUGCUCUCCUUCACACACACCCAUGUGACCAUUACUGUCACACUCGCCCUGCUAUUCAUUCCCAAGUUUCUCUACGUGUCCAAGCCUGGGAGAGAGGAGAUAGCAGCAGAGGUGUAUGAAGAUGAAGUGGACCUUCGGCGCUCCAGCUCGUACCUCAACAGCAGUUUUCACUCUGCUUGGAGUGAGCCCAGUGUGGACCCCGAAGACUUUCGGGAUGAACUGAAGAAGUUAUAUGCCCAAUUAGAAGUCCACAAGACCAAGAAGAUGACUGCAAACAACCCUCAUCUGUCAAAAAAGCGAAGCUCUCGAUGUGCACUGGGGAGAUCAAUUAUUAGACGCAUUGCUGAGAUCCCAGAAACCAUGAGCCGGCAGUGCAGCCGCGAGGACAAAGAUGGAUCAUUCCACAGUAGAGGUGUGAAUCAGUCUGAGUCUUUCAGGAGUGCCGCAGAUACAGUAUCAGUCAGUAUCAGUUACAAAAGUUCAAUGAAAACUCCAUCACCAUCGAUGCGCAAGUCCCACAGUGAUCAUCACUAUGUCAGGGAAAGAGACUCUUCUUUGCGUGGCUCCAUGUUAAAGGCCAACACUGAGAAGAGAUCUUCCCGACGUUCUGAGACCGAUUCCCUGGACAUUCCACCAGGGGUCUGUAAGUCAGCCAGUGCCCAAAAUCUGACAAUUGAUACCAAUCUCCUGCACCCUGAUCACACCAGGCUUCAUAAGUCCUGGAGUCUGACAUCAACUACCGGCCAUUCUAUGGAGAACAUGUCUAAGGUUAAUAGAGCCAGCACAGUGAUGACAAGGUCAAGGCAGAGCAUAUCCAUUAGUGACCAGACCAGGAGUGCUCUUCGCUCAGAGUCAUUUGACAAGGCUGAGGUCUGUCCAUGGGAGGUGGAACCAGAACAAUCAGGAGACAAGAGCCAGAAGCAUGUCACAUAUGCAAACUCUGGGGACAAUGAGGUAAAAAGGCCACUAUCUCCACAGGCGCUUAUCUGUCCCUGGGACCAUUUACCACCUGUACAAAAUAAUCCUCCAGAGGACAAAGGAAUACAAGGUGAAUCUGAGUCCCCCAAACCACAGGCCCCUGUGUCUGCAAGUGCACCAGGCUCCCCAAGACCAAAGGUCACAAAAGAUCAACGUGUCUUCUCCUUACGCACCACCAGCACUAAGUGGCUUUCUGUGAAAUCAAUUAUGGGAUCCAUGGAUGCAGGAAGCAAGUCCAGUAGGGAUGGAAGUUUGCAUAAAGAGGAUUCAAUUUCACAAAAAAGUCAGGAAAGUGCUUCGACUACACCAAGAUCAGGAACAUCUAGUAGACGUCCAAGCAUGGAAAAGAGGACACUGCAUAAAAGAAGUAUGACAGCAACAGACGGAAAACCAUGCCUUGUGAAGCAGAAUGCCAUUAGAUUGUCCUCAGGGGAUUCUUCAGACAGAAGUCCGAGAAGGCUUGUGAUAGUAAAAUCUGCUGUCUACCCUUGGGACAUGGAUGAUGUGCAAAAAGAUGGCACUUAUGAAAAUGUGUUUUUAUCAAGGCAGAAUAGCAAACGUAGUAGUAUAAGUUCUUGGGAAACUGCCAGCAGCUGCAGAACUCCUUCGACCCACAGAAGAGGCAGUAAUCGAAUAACACCAGUCCGUAAUGUUUCCCAUGCAGAUGUGUGUCCAUGGGAUGGAGCAGGUACUUUCCAGGAAGGAGAGGGACCAAAGAAACAGCAGAGCAUUAAAGCAGAUGUCUGUCCUUGGGAGUCACAGGUAUCUGAAAUAUCUAAUGUAUGCCCAUGGGAAGAUCACAGUAAUGUGAGAAGACAAGGAAGUGCCCAUGGAAAUGUGUGUCCUUGGGAAUCUCAGGAUAUUCCCGUUAUUUAUCAUGCUAACAUGUCCAGAGAUUCAAUGACACAACAGUCUUUAAAACGAGCAACAGACAUUUGUCCCUGGGAGACUGCAGAAACUCCCCAACCUUCAAUAAGGCAAGAUAAUGAAUAUGCAAAUGUUUGUCCUUGGGAUGUUCAGGGUAAAGCAGAAGUUGUGUAUGAAAACCUGAAUCCUUUGGAGACCAAGGGAACACUAACGGUGCCAGUUCGACAAGAAGUUAUAAAACCUGCCAUCUACCCUGGUGCAUCAAAAGAAAGUUUAAGUAAUGAGCAACAAUACUGUGCAAAAUCACCUGCCCUGCCUCUGGGCAGACAAGUGACCAAGACAACAGAAAACUGUCCAUGGGAUUUCCCUGAUCCCCCUAAAAUCAUGGAGAACAUUUGCCCAUGGGAAGAGGGGAACACAGAGCCAGUAAAUACAGACUCAAAGUCGCAAACGACCAUUAAAGUAGAUAUUUGUCCUUGGGAGACUGGAAAUCAAGACAGACCAGAAGACUCACAAAAAGGUUCCACACAGACUGAAGGAAGAGACGGAACAAGGGUAAACAUAUGCCCAUGGGAAACUGAGCCCCCUGAAAAACCUGCAGCUACCAUAGUGGUGUCACAAGGACUGGAAAGACAGGUGGAUGUUUGUCCAUGGGAUAGUAAUGAACCAGAGUCCAGAAAAACAGAGAUCCCCAGAACAUCAGAAAGUCACGUAAGGCAAUACACAGCUCAUGCAAACGUUUGCCCAUGGGAAACGGAAUCCCCAGGUGUUCUGGAAAAGAAAGACAGCACUCGAGCAGAUGUUUGUCCAUGGGACACAGAGGAACCAAAAGUUCUCAAAAAACAAGACAGUGCUCAGACAGACGUCUGUCCAUGGGAGACAGAGGAGCCAAAAGUUCUCAAAAAACAAGAUAGCGCUCGAGCAGAUGUUUGUCCAUGGGAGUCCGAAGAGCCAAAAGUUCUCAAGAAGCAAGACAGCGCUCGAGCAGAUGUUUGUCCAUGGGAGUCCGAAGAACCAAAAGUUCUCAAGAAGCAAGACAGCGCUCGAGCAGAUGUUUGUCCAUGGGAGUCCGAAGAGCCAAAAGUUCUCAAGAAGCAAGACAGCGCUCGAGCAGAUGUUUGUCCAUGGGAGUCCGAAGAGCCAAAAGUUCUCAAGAAGCAAGACAGCGCUCGGGCAGAUGUCUGUCCAUGGGAGACUGAAGAACCAGGAGUCAUCAAAAAGCAAGACAGCGCUGGAGCAGAUGUUUGUCCCUGGGAAUCCAAGGAUCCACAAACAAGUAAAGCUGAUAUUCCUAACAGUGACAAAGAUGAAAUCACAGAGAACCUGGGACCGCUCAAUGUAGAGGAGAAUCCAGCAUAUAUCGACACAGAGCAAAUAAGCGAGUCUAAAGAAAACUUAGCUCUUGGCCGACGUGAUGCUCUGUGUCCCUGGGAGAUGGUAAGGAGCAGAUCUGGUUCAUUCACAGAUAAUUCCUCUGACGUUUUUACAUGGGAGCCUGAAAAUAUUCCUGAGGAAGAUGAGGAGGAUGAUGCAGAAUGUGCAGCUGAGGCUCUGGUAUUCCCACCUGACUUGUGAUCUAAAUCUGGCCCGCAUUUGCUUUCACUUUUGACCCCACCCACUAAAUCAAGGGGAAUGAGCUACCAUUUUCAUGGUACUCCACUGAAGGCUAAGGAGAAAGUUUUUAGCUUGCCAAGCUCCACAAGGAGGUCAGAGUGCAUGGUCUGCUCACAAACCAAGGCCCUCUAUUGGACAAUUACUUGGACUAAUAAAAGACAGAUCUUAAGGCUGUUAUUUCAUGUUGGACUAUCCCAGAAAGAGGUCUGUAGUCGAAACUCGAUGAGCUGGACACAAUCAAGUCGUGCAAAUAUGACUGAAAAUACAUUUUAACUGGAGCACGUAUUGCACACUCAUUAUGUUCCUAAUUAAUCCAGCGAUGAACUACAAACAGACAUUUCUUGGCUGUUGGAAGGGCAUCUAAGGCAUUUAGAUGAAGUCGCUUUUCUUCCUGUUCCCCUCCCCCCAUUUUAUUUAAAAUCUUUUUUGUGUCUUUGUAUGUUAUUAGGUGACAAUUCACACAUUUGCCAUGUACGUAGAGUAUACUGGACACAUGGCUGGGGUGAAUAUGUUACAGAACCACGACUAGUCCACAGUACUCAAAAUCACAAAUAUAGUACAGGAUGGAGGUAGAAGGAACUUAGUGGAAGAUGGAAGCUUAACCAGCACACAUAUAAAUGCUGGUCUAAUUUUGCUGUUUUGUGGAAAUUAUAUUUUGAAAGUAGAAGAAAGAGUUAAGUUAAAAGCUGUGCUGCCAGAACUACAAUGGAUGUCAAAUUACGUUUCUAUCAGUUGAUAAAACUAUGCAUACCUGUUUGCUUAUGGACUGAUUUCAUGACUAAAAGCCAAUGAUUAAUAUUAUUCUUACUUUUGAUUCAGUCAUAACAGACUUAGGUUUAGAUUGCAGUUAACCUGAAAUGAUUCUAAAUUUAACUAAAAGCUACAAAGAAUCUAAGUUAUGGUCAAAUGCAAAAACUUUUUCAGGGUUCUUUAUGCAGAUCAUAUUAUUGGUUAUAGUCACUGCUGGUAAGUCACAUCUUUGGCAACACCUGAGAAUUCAUAAAUACUUUCUGAAGGUACUACACUCACAUAUUCAUAUGCUGAUGAUCAGUAAUACUACAGAAUUAAUGAGACUGAUUUUUUUUUUAAUUAAAUCUAAGAAUGGGUUGUUGUAUGGCUAGGAGAUGUCUUUAAGUAAUAAUUUCUUUCCAUCAAAAGCAGAGUGGUAUUUUAAAAACUUAAGAAUCAUCACAUUUCAGAUGCAGACUACUGCAACUUAAUUAAUUAAUGAUUUACAGUAAAUUAAACUUACAUCAACGGUUCUCUGUAUUGAUGUAGUUAAGUCACAUGCCUAUGCCACAUGUCUUUUUUCAGCACUUCUGCUACAGUGACUCUGGAUUUCAUUCGGUUAUAUCACUGUGAAAACGCUGCAAAGUUUUUUGUCAAUGGAGUGACCUAGUUUUGUGUGCAUUGUUGCAUGUUGGUGUUCUUGAAUGGGAGUGUUGUAAUUUGUCACAUAAAAAAAAGUAUUGUUGUAACACAUCCCUUUGCGUGGAGAAACAGACAGUGUUUUCAAUUUUGUAUGAAGUAUCUUCUAUGAAAAAUCCUCUUGACAUCUACUGGUGUG